UCCAGCAGGCACUAGUCACUCCAGUCCCGGCGAGCGAGCAGGGGAGAGCCACAGCACUCAGACCACGCCGAGCGGGCUCUGGGCUACCCGGGACUCUCUUUGUGACGCCCCGGCACACAAAUACACAGAGGGGGAGAGAGGAAAAACAGAAACAGAGCUCCAACAUGGGAGGCAAACUGAGCAAGAAGAAGAAGGGGUACAGUGUCAAUGAUGAAAAAGCUAAAGACAAAGACAAGAAGGCUGAAGGAGCAGCAGCUGAGGAAGAGGAAACUCCAAAGGAGGCUGAGGAUGCCCAGCAAACCACAGAGACCACAGAAGUGAAGGAGAACAACAAGGAGGAAAAGGGCGAAAAGGAAACUCAGGUCGCUGCCAAUAAGACAGAAGAAAAAGAAGGGGAGAAGGAGAAAACAGUGACCCAGGAAGAAACCCAGAAACCAGAACCAGAGAAGUCGGAGGCUGUUGUCGAUGCGAAAGUAGAGCCACAGAAGAACAACGAACAGGCACCCAAGCAAGAGGAGCCGACUGCAGCCUCUGCUCCCGCUGCCACUAGCGAAGCACCCAAAACUUCUGAGCCUAGCAACGAUGCAAAAGCUUCCCAGCCUUCAGAAGCCACAGCUCCCAGCAAAGCAGAUGACAAGAGCAAAGAGGAAGGGGAAGCCAAAAAGACUGAGGCUCCCGCAACACCUGCAGCCCAAGAAACUAAAAGUGAAGUGGCCCCAGCUUCAGACUCAAAACCUAGCAGCAGCGAGGCUGCGCCUUCUUCCAAGGAGACCGCGGCAGCAACAGCAGCACCUAGUUCCACUGCUAAGGCCUCGGACCCUGCAGCCCCGCCAGAGGAAGCGAAACCUUCUGAAGUUCCAGCGACCAAUUCGGAUCAAACCAUAGCAGUGCAAGAUUAAAUUGGACAGCCUGUUGAAACAACCACUUAAAACAACCUGUGUCUUUUUUUUAUUUUUUCAGCUCUACUAACUCGUUUCAGAUCUGAAAUAACAAAUAUGUAUUGCCCAGAAAGAAAAGGA